AUGGAAAAAUUUCCGUUGAAGGGUAGCAGGGAGGCUGCGGCAGAGGGCAAUAGCUACAUAACCGCAUAUCAGACUGUAAUGAAAAAGUCAAACGGCCACACAACAGGUGGUAGCGGCAGUGGUGGUGGAGACGCAGAUGGUAAUUACCACGACCAUCCCUUGGCGCCCUUAUCUAAGCUUAAUGCCGGACCUCACAUAGCAGCAGCGACAACCUCACUAAGCGCGGCCACAGACGACGAAGAUAUGAUAGACAUCACGCCCCGUUCUAGUCCCGGCGACAUUAUCGGUGGCAGCACCAGCAGCGGCUAUCAUAAGCAUCACAAUAAUGCCGGCGAAUCGGAUACGGAGCGUGAAUUCGGAGGCAAUCAUCAUCACAAUCAGCGAACAAUGCAUCACCAGCAUCAACACGUGCCAACUCACAGUGCCUUCGGCGAUCCUAUGGACGGAGGUCUCUCGUUCUAUGGCUCCUCGGAUGUGCAGGAUGAUAUACCUGGAAUCGGACAGUAUGAGGAUUUCCAUACAAUCGAUUGGCAGCGUGAUAUAGCACGGGAUCGCAUGCGGCACCGUUACAUAGUCAAGAAGCGUCAGGAUUCUGUGUGGGAUCUAAUCAAGGGCGCCGUGGAUGCCGGUUCCGGUUGGCUCUGUGUGCUGCUUGUCGGCAUUGCUGCUGGCUGUGUGGCUGGCAUGGUCGACAUAGGGGCCAGUUGGAUGUCUGACCUAAAGCAUGGCAUCUGUCCACCCGCCUUUUGGUUUAAUCGGGAGCAAUGCUGUUACCCGACCAAACAAUCUGUUUUCGAAGAGGGCAACUGUUCCACGUGGAAAACCUGGCCGGAGAUCUUUGGCUUGAGUCGGGAUGGCACGGGGCCGUACAUCAUCUCGUACAUUUGGUACAUUUUGUGGGCGUUGCUCUUUGCCUCGUUGAGCGCCUCGUUGGUACGAAUGUUUGCACCAUACGCGUGCGGUUCUGGCAUACCAGAGAUUAAAACUAUUCUGUCUGGCUUUAUAAUACGCGGUUAUCUGGGAAAAUGGACCUUACUGAUCAAGUCAGUUGGCCUCAUGCUUUCCGUCUCGGCGGGCCUGACGCUGGGCAAGGAGGGACCCAUGGUACAUAUUGCCAGCUGUAUUGGCAAUAUAUUCUCGCAUCUGUUUCCCAAAUAUGGACGCAAUGAGGCGAAGAAACGUGAAAUCUUAUCGGCGGCUGCAGCAGCUGGUGUAUCGGUGGCUUUUGGUGCACCUAUCGGCGGUGUACUCUUCUCACUGGAGGAGGUAUCCUAUUACUUUCCAUUGAAGACUCUGUGGCGUUCCUUCUUCUGUGCGUUAAUUGCUGCGUUCGUGCUCCGUUCGUUGACACCCUUUGGCAACGAGCACUCCGUGUUGUUCUUUGUUGAGUACAAUAAGCCGUGGAUAUUCUUCGAACUCAUACCUUUUGUCUUUCUGGGAAUAAUGGGCGGCGCCAUUGGCACGUUCUUCAUUAAAGCGAAUUUGUGGUGGUGCCGCUACAGGAAGUUCAGCAAACUGGGCCAAUAUCCAGUCUUGGAAGUUCUAUGUGUAACGCUUAUCACAGCAAUCAUUUGCUAUCCGAAUCCCUUCACCCGCAUGAACAUGAAUGAGCUGAUCUUUUUAUUGGUCAGCAAAUGCUCGCCUGGCGAUGUAACCAAUCCCCUCUGUGACUACAAGCGAAUGAACAUAACUACGGGAACUUCAGUGUUUGAGGUCACCGAACCUGGACCCGGCGUAUAUCGCUCGAUUUGGCUGCUGAUGCUGGCUUUCGUCCUGAAACUUGCACUCACUAUCUUUACGUUUGGCAUGAAAGUGCCCGCCGGUCUGUUUAUACCCUCUUUGCUGCUGGGCGCCAUUAUGGGUCGAAUCGUAGGCAUCGGUGUGGAGCAAAUGGCCUAUAGUUAUCCCAACUUUUGGUUCUUUACGGGCGAGUGUACGGACAGUAAUCUGAUAACGCCCGGCCUAUAUGCUGUCGUAGGGGCAGCAGCGGUGUUAGGAGGUGUAACUCGCAUGACUGUCUCACUGGUCGUCAUCAUGUUUGAGCUGACGGGUGGUGUGCGAUAUAUUGUGCCACUUAUGGCGGCAGCCAUGGCUUCAAAGUGGGUUGGCGAUGCCUUAGAUAGACAGGGCAUAUAUGACGCGCAUAUAGCCUUAAACGGUUAUCCCUUCCUAGACAGCAAAGAAGAAUUUGCGCAUACAACAUUAGCAGCGGACGUCAUGCAACCUAAACGCAAUGAAACGCUGAAUGUCAUCACACAAGACUCCAUGACGGUGGAAGAUGUGGAGAAUCUAUUGAAAGAGACCGAACACAAUGGCUAUCCCGUCGUUGUGUCCAGAGAAAAUCAAUACCUGGUUGGUUUCGUGCUGCGGAGAGAUCUUAACUUGGCCAUAGGCAAUGGAAAGCGUCUUAUCGAGGGAAUCAGCAGCACUUCUAUAGUAUUAUUUAGUUCAGUUACGCCCACCCAAACCCUAGGACCGCCUCCACUUAAACUGAAGAAGAUUCUCGACAUGGCGCCCAUUACGGUAACAGAUCAAACACCGAUGGAAACUGUGGUCGAUAUGUUUAGAAAAUUGGGUCUGCGUCAAACGCUGGUCACACAUAAUGGUCGUCUGCUCGGUGUCAUUACGAAAAAGGAUGUUCUACGCCAUGUGAAACAAAUGGAUAAUGAGGACCCCAAUACGGUGCUCUUCAACUAAAUAGAAUUUGGCAGCGAUGCGAUAUUUUCUAGUUAAUUAUUACGUACUAUCGUAAAGAAACAAAAUAUUUGAUACAUAUGUGCAAGUUAAGUUAAAAGUUGAGCAUGUUGUUAGCGAAGUUAUUAUGGACGUGGACGUGAACGUGAAAGAUUUAGCAAAAUUGUGUACUGUUCUAUUAUCUAUUAAUAUAUAUAUAUAUGUAUUUUGUGUAUAUAUGUAUAUCUCGUUAAUGUUAAUUGUAUAAUUUAUUUUACGCUAGGGCAAAUGGCUUAAAUGUAUUCGUUUAUGUCCACUUUGUAAUUAAUAAUGUCAUUGUAAACGUAUUCUGCUAUAUUUUCUACACACAGCAUAUUUUUUAUACACAUAAAACUAAUCAGAAGGGAUAGCUAUAUCUUUUACGAGCGCGUUGUUUUGGCAUUGAAUGUUUGGUAGUUGAGAUUGAAACGUUUUUAUUGUGUGAGUGAAUUUAUGCGCAACUUUUAAGCAGUCACAGCAGUAGCAAAAUUGUUUAUUUUUUUACAUAUAUAUAAAACAUAAAGACAUAUACAGAACAUGCUUGAUGGAAGAAUAAGGCAGUAGUGAAGCUUGAAAAACUAAACUAUGCUGAAUGAAGAGUUAUUACAAUAAUCGAUGUAGACAACGCUUACAGCAAAAUAUUGGAUGUUACUAAAAACAAUGAAGAAUUUGAAUUUAUGACUCUAUUAAGUGUGUGCUGUAAAUGUCGAAGGCUUUAAUUUAUCCACAAAUUAUAUAAACACAGGAAUUCUUAUUUAUAUUUGUUAAAAAAUCAGAUCAAUUUUUAACUAAACUCAUGUAAAUAGCAACAUUAGUCGAGUAUACCGCACAUAUAUUUAAGCGCAUAUAUAUAUAUGAAAAUAAAUUAAUUAUAUAAAUCCAAA